AUGGGCUGGUUUUGGGCUGACGGUCCUGCGACCUCUGUUCACGCGACCUCCAUUUCGGCGUCGCAUCCCCAUGGCGCCGCCGGCGUCCCGACCGGUCCUCCUCCACCUGGCUGCCCAAUGCACAACAAGACCCUCGACGCCCUGAACCCGGCCGCGAAGCCCGCCACUGCUCCGGCGCCGGCCCCCUCCGCAUGCCCCGUCCCUCACGACCAGCGCCACGCCGCUCUUCCCCCUCCCUCAGCAUGCCCCGUCCCCCACGACCAAAGACAGUCUGCCGCGCCUCCGUCGUCGUGUCCCGUACCCCACGACAAGCCCAAGGAAGCCGAGUCCAAGGGCUUCCUCCAGCAGAUCAACCCCCUGAACUACAUGUUCAAGGAGCUCUCCCAGGCCCCCGCCGAGAACCAGACCGUCGCCCUGCCCACAGAGCGCGAGCCUUCGACGAUACCAAAGGGCUCCGGCGAUGGCAACUGGGAGUACCCCUCGCCCCAGCAGAUGUACAACGCCCUGCUGCGCAAGGGCUACACUGACACCGACGUCACCGCCGUCGAGUCCAUGGUGUCGGUCCACAACUUCCUCAACGAGGGCGCCUGGGCCGAGAUCGUCAGCUGGGAGGAGCGCUUCGGCAAGGGACUGUACAGGGGCUGGCAGGCCUGCAGCCGCGGCGAGGAGAACUCGGACGACAUGGUCGAGAAGCUGAAGGACGGCACCGAGGCGGCCCCGACCCUGAUCCGCUUCCAGGGUCGCCCCAAGGACAUGACGCCCAAGGCUGUCAUGUGGCAGGUUGCCGGCUGGCUGUACCCCUCCAAGUUUGAGACCGAGCCCCCCUUUGACCGUCACGACUGGUUCGUCUCCCGCAAGAUGGGCGGCGUUGAGAAGGAGAUCCGAUACGUAAUUGACUACUACUCUGGCGAGCCUGAACCCACCGGCGAGCCCGUCUUCUACCUUGACGUCCGGCCCGCCAUGACACCCCUCGGCGCUGCCGAGCGUCUCAUCCGCUGGGGCGGCGACGUGUGGUGGAAGGCCUCGGGUGCCGAGGUGCGCGAGAAGGAGAGUCUCGAGAAGCAGCUCGAAACGCAGUGGAAGAAGAAUUAA